GUUGCAUGUUGUGUUUAUAUUUUUGUUCAGUAUAAAUACCAUUCUCAAGUAGAUACCAUUUCACCCUAGGAGAAAAAACCCUGAAACACACCAUCAACUAUACGUACCUUAGUCUGACUAGAAGUUCAUCUGGGCAGUUUGACAUGGCCAUAAUGUCUCUAACAGAUGAAGCACGCAGAGCAUAUUUUGCAUUUAGAAAGAGCCAGUAUAAAUUAACCACCAAUUAGAAUUUGGCAUAAAUUAUUUGACUCUGUCAUGACUCCAAUCAUUCUAUAUGGCAGCGAAAUGUUGGGGUCCCCUUUACAAUUUAAAAUAUACAUGAUGGGAUUAAAGCCCCACCAACAUUUAACACCUGGAAAUGUGUUAAAAAUAAUAAUAAGAUAAAAUAAUUCAAACAAAGGAAGACAUUAACAAUGUACAGACCAUAGAGACAGGACACCAUAGAGAUAUCAUGGACGUCAGAGAAGAAAGACUAUGUAAGCACUGUGGGUCGGGAAUGAGCAGCUCUUCCUACUCCACUGCUGCACAUAUGACUCAACCAGAGGUAUUUAUCUCCUGAAAUUUGAAGAAAGAAUUGCAGGAUCUCUUGAACUACCUGUUGAGGAGAUGUUUUGGGUGGAGAAAACGUAGAGACAGUUGGUUAUGUCCUGGCCUAUCAUAAUAUAAGAGAGACAAUAGCUCACACCAUGUCAUGCACACGAGCCCUUGUUGAUUUAAUUUCUCAAUUGUUGUGUGUUUGUUCAAUGUUUUGUGUAUUAUUUUCUGUAUAAUUGUUUUUGUUGAUAUAUAUAUAUUAUUAUUGUUGCUCAAACAUAUUGUUCAUGUGUAAUUCCUUAUAUACAUUGCUUUGGCAACAGUGGCAACCACCCAUUCAUGGCAACAAAGCAUUUAUUGAAUUGAGAGAGAAUAUGAAUAUGAAUAAAAUAUUAUAUAGAUAAUCUGGCCAUUCCUUCAGGCAUGAUAAGGGGGUGGGGUCAAACACUCAAACACUCAAACAGUACACCAGCCAACGUGCAACAUUAUCAAAUGCCUCUGCCUCAUCUAGUUUGCUUUUACAUUGCAUGUUUGGUGUCAGUACAUAAGGAUAUAUUUAUGAGGGAGAGAGAGAGUGAGAGCGCGAGAGACAGAGAGAGAGAGAGAGAGGGUCUACGUAUAUUCAUGAGCAGGAAGGGGAAAUCUAAUUUGUUCCUCUCUCUCUCAAAGUGAAUGACCAACGCACUUGUAGUAGGUGAUCAUAUCUGCCUGCAGAGUUAACCAGUGGAUAUCAGCUCUCCUGUCUAUCCUGUGUGUGUACCACCAUGCCAUCAUACACAGUGACGGUGGCUACAGGGAGCCAGUGGUUCGCAGGGACUGAUGACUACAUAUACAUCACCCUGGUGGGAACAGAGGGAUGCAGUGAGAGGACUUUACUGGACAAACCACUCUACAACGACUUCGAGAGAGGGGCUGUGGACUCGUAUGAUGUGACGGUGGGGGAGAACCUGGGAGAGAUGGAGCUGGUGAAGAUAGAGAAGAAUAAGUACUGGGUUCAGGAUGACUGGUACUGUAAGUACAUCACAGUGAAGACCCCUUCUGGAGACUACAUAGAGUUCCCCUGCUUCCGCUGGCUGAUAGACAACAAGGAGGUGGUCCUCAGGGAUGGCAAAGCACGGCUGCCAAAGGACGACAAGACCAGACUGGAGAAGCAGCACCGACGUAAAGAGCUGGAGAGCAGACGGAAAACCUACAGAUGGAGUGAGUGGCAGCCUGGGUUUCCUAUGAGUAUAGAUUCCAACACACACAAGGAGCUUCCCAGAGACAUCCAGUUUGACAGCGAGAAAGGAGUGGACUUCGUUCUUAACUACAGUAAGGCCAUAGAGAACCUGUGUGUGAACCAGUUCAUGCACAUGUUCCAGUCCUCCUGGAAUGACUUUGCUGACUUUGAGCGAAUCUUCGUCAGGAUCAAAAACACCAUCUCAGAGUAUGUGAUGCAGCACUGGAAAGAGGAUUUUAUGUUUGGCUACCAGUACCUGAACGGCUGUAACCCAGUGAUGAUCCAGAAGUGCACCAAGCUGCCAGAGAAGUUCCCCGUUACACACGACAUGGUGGCAGACUGUCUGGAGAGAGAGAUGACUCUGGAGGAGGAGCUCAAGGCUGGUAACAUCUACCUAGCAGACUAUGAGUUGAUGGAAGACAUUAGUCCCAACAGUACAGACCCCUGUACUCUGCAGUAUCUGGCUGCUCCUAUCUGUCUGCUGUACAACAACAGCCAGAGCAAGAUCCUGCCUCUGGCCAUACAGCUGGGUCAGAGUCCAGGGGAGGACAACCCUAUCUUCCUGCCCAGUGAUGGUCAGUAUGACUGGAUGCUAGCUAAGAUCUGGGUCCGCUCCUCUGACUUCCACAUCCACCAGACAGUCACCCACCUGCUGAGGACUCACCUGGUCUCGGAGGUGUUUGGAGUGGCCAUGUUCAGACAGCUGCCUUCUGUACACCCCGCAUAUAAGUUGCUCCUUCCUCACGUUCGUUUCACCAUCGCCAUCAACACCAAGGCCAGAGAGCAACUCAUCUGUGAGUUUGGCAUCUUCGAUAAGGCCAACGGUACAGGAGGUGGAGGUCAUGUAGAAAUGAUCCAGAAGGCCAUGAGGCAACUGACCUUCAGAUCUCUGUGUUUCCCUGAUGCCAUUAAGGCCCGCGGGGUGGACAGCCCUGAGGACCUACCCUACUACUACUACAGAGAUGACGGGAACAGGGUCUGGGACGCCACCAAGAGUUUUGUGUGGGACGUGGUGUGUAUCUACUACGACAGUGAUGCCACAGUACAGAAGGAUGAGGAGAUCCAGGCGUUUGUUAAAGAUGUCUGCAGCUUUGGGAUGCAGGACCUUGACUGCUGUGAGUUUCCCAAGUCCCUGAAGACACGUGAGGAUCUCACAGAGUACCUGACUGUCAUCAUCUUCACUGCCUCAGCUCACCACGCUGCUGUCAACUUCGGACAGUAUGACUGGUGCUCGUGGAUCCCCAACGCUCCCCCCACCAUGCGUAAGCCCCCUCCCACACAGAAAGGGGUGGUAGAUGUGAAGUUCAUCAUCGAGAGUCUCCCUGACCGCGGCCGGUCCUGCUGGCACCUAGGGGCCGUCUGGGCCCUCAGUCAGUUCCAGGAGAAUGAGCUGUUCCUGGGGAUGUACCCAGAUGAGCACUUCAUAGAGAAGCCUGUGAAGGAGGCCAUGGAGUCGUUCAGGAAGAGACUGGCAGAGGUCAGCAGUGUCAUCAAGAUCCGCAACGAAGGCAAGAAACUACCCUACUACUACUUCUCUCCUGACCGCAUCCCUAACAGUGUGGCUGUCUGAGAGAGGGAGGGAGGAGGGGAGAGGAGAGAGGGAGGAGGGGAGAGGGAGUGAGGGAGA